AUGACGACCAGGAUGUUAUUCUUGCUCGUUUGGUCUGCAGCGUUUCUCGCUGAGCUGCAGUGCGCCUUGCAAAGGACCACCACAGGGCUUGCGUUCCCCUCCGCGGGGCUCGGCAACAGCAGCGGCGGGGAUGUCAGCAGCAAAAAAGACUCCAACCAGACCUACAACUCCCGACUCAAGAGGAAAAACCUGGCCAUUGAUUUUGCAGUGCCCUCUCUGUUGCGCUACUACAUGGCAGAGUUGAUCAAACGCCCACUGAACGGAAAUUGUCUGACUUUUAAUGGGUGCUAUAUGGUGCGCGCUAACUUAAGGAUGAACUGCAUACCCUUACAAAAAACGGUUGCUACUUUUCUCGACCCAAAGUUGGCUGCAAUCGAUAGCAUGGCGGCAGAGAAUUCAACCAGUGCUGGUGGACAGUUCUCUUACCGCUACAAUCCGUUGCUGUCCAAAGUUCUGAAUUUGGGUUUGACGAAAGCCAGCCGAAAAUCAAAUCAAGUCGUGGUGGAAAUUGGGGAGGACGUGGUUAAAACUGGUUGCGGUGGACUGACAGUCUACGAAGAAGACCCGGUAUUUUUCCUGGAAAUGGACCUAACAAGUAUUUUAGAAUGGUGGUUGGGCGCCGAAGGGGGCCGGCUAAGGGUCCGGCUUAUGCCAGAAAAAAAAGCACAGGUUCCCGGGAGAGAGGACAAGUACACCGCGGCGAUACGAGCAGCUGACCCCCGACUAUUUAUUCAUAUAGCCUCCCGAGGGGAGCCACUGGCAGGUAGAUCCGGACUGGGCGUCCCCCGAGGUUACUGGAACUUCUCCUGGAUGGCCCAGGAUGAGCUGAACUCCCCCAAGGACACAUUUGCACUGAGCUAAAGGAUUUGUAGUGGAAGAGUUUGCAAACUAGAGCCCGAAUAUAACCCUUAUUUCACGUGGAGCGUGGUGGUGGCGGAGAACCCUUGGGAAGAGGGAAACGAGAGGAUGGAAAGGAAAGGAGGAAGUCCACAGGGCUGGGAGGAAGGUAUGAAUAAAGGUCAGUUUCUGUGGGUGAACGACUCUGCAUUGGCCGGUCCCUGGGUCCUGAGCCCCUGGCUGUGGGGAGGUCGGGACCCCUGCGGGCUGGACAUGGCCGUGUUCCUGCACCCCCAGAAGAGCGGACGCUACACAGUGUGGCUCAUCGAGAGGGACAAACAUCCGCUAACCCUCCUGUCCACUGACACGCUGCCGCGCAUCACAGGCUGGGCGGUGGUCCACCUCACCCUGGGAUCCCGCGGAACCACGCCCUUCAGGAUCCAGGCCAGUUAUGACCGGCCGAUCGAGCAGGACGCCACCGCCACCAUCGACCCGGGUUUCACCACUACCAUCGAACCGGGCUUCACCACCAACUGCACAGUGGAUCCCUACCCAAUCCACAACAUCACCCUCCAGGGCCAGUACCACUGUAACCAGGGCCCAGGGGUCCCUCUUGGACAGCUGUGUGACUUCAAGAUGGACUGCCCGCUCGGCGACGAUGAAGGGAACAUGUGCCGUCAGUUUCUCAAUGGCAGCUAUUGCUCCUUCGAGGACGGUGAGUGCGGAUGGCAGCCAAUUGCAGCCAAGGGAUCCUCCUGGAGGCGUGUUCGCACCAUUCCAAAGAAGGUGCGGCCUAGCUGUCCAUCAACCUCAGGUGCCAUGUUCAGUGUGGAAGGAGGACAGUCCAAGGGUCAGCAGGGGUCCGCAUUGCUCAGGAGCCCUCUCUUCCCUCCUCCCCUACGGAACUCUCCAUGUGAGGUACGGUUCUGGAUGUGUUCCGGAGGUAGCCAGAGGUGGGCACUAUCUUUGUGGCUGGUGGAGAACAGCACAGGACCGAAGGAGCAGCGCAGACUGUGGCACUCUGCCAGCGAGCCCAAGACCGAGAGAGGCUGGAGACUCAUUAUGCUUCCUCUCUACGGACUUGUUGACUGGUUCUGGCUCCAGUUCAGCGCUGACAAUGGACCAGGUCCAGGAUCAGCCAUUUGUCUGGAUAACAUCUCCUUCAGUAUGGACUGCUUCCUGGCCUCCAAUGGCGACUUUCCUCCUACAGUAACUGGCAACACUAAACUGCCAAUGAAACCAACCAAUCAGAACAUCAAAACAACCACCCCCGUCCCUAACAAUCUCUCCCCUCCACAGGUGGGGACAGAAUACACCAAAUGGGCCUUUCACACUUGUGGGGCAGUGGGUUCAGAGGGGCCCACCCCAACCCAGUGUAGCAGCUCAUAUCGGAACAGCAACAUCAACAUUACCGUGGCAACCAGAAGCCCAUUCAAAGGCAUCCAAAUCUGGAGAGUGCCGGAGACUGGCAGCUACAGGAUCACAGCUUGUGGGGCAGCUGGAGGUCGCAGUGUAUUGACCAUGGCCAAGUCACAUGGUGUCCAACUCACAGCAGACUUCCUGCUUCAGGAGGGCGAAUUGCUUCACAUCCUGGUGGGCCAAAAAGGAGAGGACGCCUGUCCCAAUACCAACGAGAUCCUAAACAAGAUCUGUGUGGAGCAGAUGCCAUUGGAAAACAAGACGCGGGUCCAAGGGGGCGGGGGUGGAGGAGGCGGAGGCGGAGCCACCUAUGUGUUCAAGGUGCAGAGAGGUGUCCACAUCCCCCUGAUCAUCGCAGGUGGGGGUGGGGGACGUGGAUACAGCAGCCAAUCCGACAGCCAGGAUGAGUUGAUGGACGACCCCAACGUACCAGGGCGCAAUGGGAAGUCUGGAGCAGCAGGUGGAGGCGGAGGUUGGCAUGACAGUAACCCUGGGUCUCAGGGCGGGAGACCCCUCACACUCGGAGGCCAGGGGGGGCAGCCCUGCAUUAAGUUCAGCUGGGAGACCCGAGGGGGUUUCGGGGGAGGGGGAGGUGCCUGUACAACCGGUGGUGGAGGAGGGGGCUAUAGAGGUGGAAACACCUCUGAAGCUAAUGACCCAAAGCAGGAUGGAGAUGACGGCUCCUCUUUCAUCAGCCCAGAGGGAGAGACCUUCCUGGACCCUCUGAAAGGUAUGGAAAGUGAUGGAGAGGUGAUCAUCGGCCCCGUGUUAAACUGUAGCCACUGUGAGACGGGCGAAUGUCACAAGAACGAGGAGGGGACCUUGUGUUACUGUGACGUGGACUUUGUACUGGCCCGCGACGGAGUGUCUUGUAUCAACUCAUCAACAGAGGUGUCUCCCCUGCCUCCCCAGCCCUCCCUGUCCCAGUUGGCCCUGGUUCUGUCUGUGGGGACUUCAGCCCUCAUUGCUGCCCUGCUGUUGGCUGUGUCUGGAGUCAUGAUCAUGUACAGACGUAAGCAUACAGAGCUACAGUCCAUUCAGCUGGAGCUCCAGAGCCCGGACUGUAAACUGAGCAAGCUGAGGGCUUCAACCAUCAUGACUGACUACAACCCCAACUACUGCUUCGCUGGGAAGUCCGCCUCUGUCAACGACCUGAAGGAGGUGCCACGACGCAACAUCUCCCUCACCAGGGGUCUGGGACAUGGUGCCUUUGGUGAAGUGUAUGAAGGGAUGGCAGCGGGGAUACCUGGAGAGCCCAGUCCCAUGCAAGUAGCAGUCAAGACACUCCCUGAGGUGUGCUCUGAGCAGGAUGAGCUCGACUUUCUCAUGGAGGCUCUCAUUAUCAGUAAAUUCAGCCACCAGAACAUAGUGCGGUGUAUAGGGGUGAGUCUACAGGCCCUACCACGCUUCAUCCUAUUGGAAUUGAUGGCUGGAGGAGAUCUCAAGAGUUUCCUGAGAGAGACGCGACCCAGACUGGAGCACCCUUCUAGUCUAUCCAUGGAGGACCUGCUCAACGUGGCCAGAGACAUAGCACAGGGAUGCCAAUACCUGGAGGAGAACCAGUUUAUACACCGGGACAUUGCGGCCCGGAACUGCCUGCUGACCACCAAAGGACCGGGGAGAGUGGCCAAGAUCGGGGACUUUGGAAUGGCCAGAGACAUUUAUAGGGCCAGCUACUACAGAAAGGGUGGGCGCGCCAUGCUGCCUGUGAAGUGGAUGCCUCCGGAAGCCUUCAUGGAGGGGAUCUUCACAUCCAAAACGGACACAUGGUCCUUUGGGGUGCUGCUAUGGGAGAUCUUCUCUUUGGGCUAUAUGCCCUAUCCCAGUCGCAGUAACCAGGAAGUGUUGGAGUUUGUCACCAGUGGGGGAAGGAUGGACCCUCCCAAAAACUGCCCAGGGCCUGUGUACCGGAUAAUGACACAGAGUUGGCAGCAUCAACCGGAAGACAGGCCCAACUUCUCCACCAUCUUGGAAAGGAUUGACUACUGCUUACAGGACCCCGAUGUGGUGACUGUUCCCUUGCCUGUGGAAUAUGGCCCCCUCCCUGAAGAGGAGGAGCGGGUACCCAUGCGCCCUGAGGACCCCACGGCCUCCCCCCUGCUGGUGUCCACUCUGAUGCCUGAUGGUGUGGGCCCCGCACCACCACUGUCAGCCCCCAAGCCCACAGAGGAGAACCGAAGAGUUGAACAACCCCUGCUCCUUACCAACCAGCUCCCCGAAACCUGCAAGCCCCAGGCGAUGGCUCAACAACCCCAACCCCACCCCCAGACAUUCACCAUGACCACAGCCACCUCCAAGGCACCUCCCUCCAUCUCCACCCAGCAACCUAACCCAGACGGUGGCCACGUCAAUCUGGCCUUCACCCAGGGCCACCCUGGGGAUAAGGAGGGUCGCAAUGGGAAACCCACCAACCUGUGGAACCCCACUUACGGCUCCUGGUUCCUCCAGCUGCAACAGCAGAAGAAGCAGCAGCAUCAGCAACAACCGCAGCAACAACAACAGCUGCAGCAAAAGCAGGAAAGAGUGGGCAGUGGAGGUGGGGGAGUUGGAGGUGGGAGGGUGCCAGGUGAGGGGCAGGAGCACAAGGGACGGACUGUGGCUGAGGCGGUGGGGGCCCUGAGUCUCCAGCAGCACAAGCAGCAGUUCCAGCCACCAUACCCCUUCCAUCCACAGCAGCAACAGCAGAUGCAGCUCUUACAUCACCAGCAGCAGGAACAGCAGGGGUUCUGCAGGCCGCUUUUGCCACCUCCGCCACCACCCCAGGCUACCUCCUUGGGUACCACUGAUCCUACCCCUUCUCCGCUCCUGUUAGAUUCGGCCGCCCUACCCCCGGUCCCUCUAUUUAGACUUCGCAGAUUCCCCUGCGGGAACAUCGGCUAUGGCUACCAGGAGCAAGGGUUACCCCUAGAGGCAGCCCACCAUCACCAGAAUCCUGUCUCUGUCAACCCCCCUCCUCCACCGCCCCCUACCCCACCACCCGUGGCCCUCCAGAGAGGAGUGGCGGGGACCCAGCUGUCGCUGAGCCACUCAACGACGGCCAAAGCCGAGGACAGCCUCCCUCUGCUGGUCACCAUGGGGACGGUGCAGGACCCGAGGCUGCCACGGAUGGAGGGCCACAAUGCCACAGUGCUUUAG